AUGGAAUGAAACAGUAAGAGAAUCCUGUGCCGUUGAUGUGCUGGUCCUGUGCUAGGUCGUUAACAUCUCUUGUGGCUAUUAAAGACCUCCAGUUCUCCAGAAUGCGACUAUUCUUUGGAAAACUAGAAACAUCAGUAUUCAGUCAGCUGUCCGGAACCAACCAAAACAAAUAUCUGAACAUAAUGGCAAGAGUCUCCCUGCCCAGCCCAAUGCUCACCCUCAGCAACGGGGACAAGCAGGGCCAAAGACAAAAUGAAGGCAAAAUGCAGACAGACAAGAUGCAGCGACUGUGUGCGUAUGUGCUGAUCUUGGUGCUGGCUCUGGCCGCCUUCUCUGAAGCUUCUUGGAAGCCCCACUCCCACCUGCAAGACGCACCCUUGGGUCCAGGGGCCAAUAGGGGCCAGGAGCCACAUGGCCUGGACCGGCUGGGCCCAGCCUCCCAUCACCGAAGGCAGCUGGGGCUCCAGGAUCCCUCACACUUGGUAGCAGACCUGUCCAAGAAGCAGGGACCAUGGGUGGAAGAAGAAGAAGAAGCAUAUGGAUGGAUGGACUUCGGCCGCCGCAGCGCUGAGGAAGGGGACCUACGUCCCUAGAACCAAGCUUGAGAGCCCAGCCACCUCCCAACCCAGCCCAGCCCAGCCCCAUGAAACAUAAAUCGAAAUAAACUAGCUUCCAAUGGAUCACAUUGUGUCAGGUGUCAUGGGGCAGGGAAUGGGGGUUGUGGCAGAGUUGAGACAGGAAAGAGGGUUGAACACGUCCCUAGGGGCAGGGAUACUGGUUAAGUCUCCUGGGUGUCCCCAGAGCUUAACGUUGAUGAAAACUCUAUAGUAUGGAUGGGAGAAUAGACGGUGUUAUCGCAACCAGAGUGAGCCUUCUAAAAGAGACAUCAAUCAUGCCACUCCAGAGUCAACCCCCCAGUGCUUUCCGUUGCACUUAUAAUCAAACCUAAGCUCCUGGGGACUUCCCUGGCAGUCCGGUGGUUAGGACUCCGUGCUUCCACUGCAGGGGGCACGGGUUCGAUCCCUGGUCGGGGAACUAAGAUACUACAUGCCAUGUGUCAAAAAAAAAUUA